CGUGAAGGUCCGUCGUUCGGAAGGCAGCAUCCCUACGGGGCCCCGGUCCAGUUGAUGUCUCAAAGUAAAUACCGAAAGGUGCACAGAAUUGUUUAUUUUUUGCGGAAGAACGGACACCUACCUCUUUCUACUCCGGGUGAUAUAUCGGCAGUUUUUUUUUUUUUUUUUCGAGUUUGAUAAAUUAUAUAUUACACCCCCCUACCAAAUUAAAAUAAAAAAACGAGAACAAUGAAACAAAUAAUAAUAAAUAAUUUCGUGAUAAGGACAAUGUGUUUUGUGAUUAUAAUAAAUCAUUCGGGAUUUUUUGUGGAUUGUGCUGAAGCUAAUGUUGGUACUGAUGUUACAAUUGUUGGAGUGGCCAGGAACAAGAAUAGAGGCAAAGGAUCUAUGUGGUGGGGAAUCGCGAAAGCAGGCGAACCAAACAAUAUUUCUCCCACGCAACCUGGUGUGCUCUUUAUGGAUGCUUCAGUGCAUGGAACUUUGCGACGUAAACAACGAAGACUAGCCAAAGAAAAUACAGGUCUUCUUGAAGCUGUAGCCAGAGGAGCUAAUCUAGCUAUCAACGAAUGUCAGUAUCAAUUUAGAAAUCAACGGUGGAACUGCAGUACGAAAAAUUUUUCAAAAGGAAAAAAUCUAUUUGGGAAGAUUGUAGAGAAAGGUUGUCCAGAAACAGCGUUCGUCUACGCAAUCACUAGUGCAGCUGUGACGCAUUCUGUUGCUCGAGCCUGCUCCGAAGGUUCCAUUGAAACUUGCUACUGCGAAAAACACUACAGACGACCUCAAGUUUUCAGCAACGCCAAUACAGGAGCUGUAGCUAAUGUUCGAGACUUUGAAUGGGGAGGAUGCUCAGAUAAUAUUGGUUUUGGUGUCGAUGUUAGUCGAGAAUUUGUCGAUACAGGAGAAAGGGGAAAAAGUUUAAGAGAAAAAAUGAAUUUGCACAACAACGAAGCUGGACGAUGGCACGUCCAAGCCCAAAUGCGUCAAGAAUGCAAAUGUCACGGUAUGUCCGGUUCCUGUACCAUGAAAACUUGCUGGAUGAGGCUGGCGAAUUUCAGAGUUAUCGGAGACCUUCUCAAAGACAGAUACGACGGUGCCACGCGCGUAACCGCACAUAGUUCGGCUGCGCUUAAAAACAACAAAGCACACAGCAACAGGUUGCCUAAGAAUCCCAAGUUGGCCGCUAUUAUGACCAAUAGCAUUCAUACGAAGAGGGAGAACAAGAGAAAGCACAAAUACGCUUUCCAACUUAAAACGUACAAUUCUGAACAUAAACCUCCUGGAAUGAAGGAUCUGGUUUUCUAUGAACUGUCACCAGGAUUCUGCGAUAAAGAUCCUAAACUGGGAAUUCAAGGAACUUAUGGUAGACAAUGUAACGAUACGUCAGACGGUGUGGAUAACUGUGCGAUUAUGUGUUGCGGGCGUGGUUAUAAAACUCAAGAAGUGGUCGUCAUGGAACGUUGCAAUUGCAUUUUCCAUUGGUGCUGCGAAGUGAAAUGCGACGUGUGUAAAAUAAAGAAAAAAAUUCACACGUGUGUAUAAGUAGGUUUUUUUUUUUUUUUUGAAUUUGAACAAAUUGUCGUUUUCAUCUUACCAAUUUGGUAAGCAAACUGGAUAUUGAUGAGGACGUUUUGUUUAUGCAUUGACCAGUAUUAACGGAACGCAGUGUUUUAGAAAAUAAUAUGAAAACUAUUUUUCGAAUAUUAUUAUUGUUAGAAAGACUGACCAAACGAAUAUUUUAAAUAUAAAACUUUUUUUGUAUAUAUAAUUUAUUUUUUUAAUUUGAAUUCUUGAUAUAGUCUUUUUUUGGGGCAUAUCUCUAAAUUUUUGUACAUAUCAACUGAAAAAAUAUAUGUUCGGAUAAAUUAAUAAAUUUAAUAUUAAGUGACCCAGUGAUAAAACUUAGUGUACUUUUUUUUAUUAAAUUAUUCCUUAUUUAUUUUUGUCUAAUUGUAAAUAAUAUUUAAAAAAAAUCAGCCGUAGUAUCUCAAAUAUUUUGUGCAUAUUUUUAAUUUAUUUGCAUAAAACGAGAAACCCAAGUGAUCUUUG